AAAUAGCCAUUUAAAUGUUUGUCAAGCAUUUUUUUUGUACACUUAUCUCUUAUUUAUUAAGCGAAAAAUAAUGUUUCUCUAAUGAUUAUUAUCUUUUACGUGCUCUUGGCAAACGCUGGAAGAUAGAGAGAUAGUGGCGUAGGGAAAGAGAGAAACCUUUUGAGAGAGAAGUGACUUCAUUUAAUGUUACCGCAUAGAAAAUGGCUGCUUCUGAUAAUGAUUCAAGAACUACGGAAAUAGUAAGGGGACAAGUCUUUGAAGUCGGACCCCGCUACACUAACUUAAAUUAUAUUGGGGAAGGUGCAUAUGGAAUGGUCGUAUCAGCUCUAGAUACUAUUACCAAGGAAAAAGUAGCUAUAAAGAAAAUUUCACCCUUCGAGCAUCAGACUUAUUGUCAGAGGACAUUGAGAGAAAUUAAAAUCCUUACAAGGUUCAAACAUGAAAAUAUUAUUGAUAUUCGUGAUAUACUGAGAGCCCCAACUAUUGACCUGAUGAAAGAUGUUUAUAUUGUGCAAUGUCUUAUGGAAACAGACUUGUACAAAUUAUUGAAGACACAGAAACUUGGUAAUGAUCACAUUUGUUAUUUCUUGUACCAGAUUUUAAGAGGACUGAAAUACAUCCAUUCUGCAAAUGUGCUACAUAGAGACUUGAAACCCAGCAACUUGCUACUCAAUACUACUUGCGAUUUAAAAAUUUGUGAUUUUGGAUUAGCCCGUGUAGCAGAUCCAGAUCAUGACCACACAGGUCUUUUAACUGAAUAUGUUGCUACUCGAUGGUAUAGAGCACCAGAAAUUAUGUUGAAUAGUAAAGGUUAUACAAAGUCAAUUGACAUAUGGUCAGUAGGUUGUAUUUUAGCAGAAAUGUUGUCUAACAAGCCAAUUUUUCCUGGUAAACAUUAUCUGGAUCAAUUGAACCACAUAUUAAAUAUUGUUGGAUCCCCCUCACAAGAAGAUAUGAAUUGCAUCAUAAAUGAAAAGGCUCGUACAUAUUUGCAGUCUUUGCCUAGAAAACCUAAGGUUCCAUGGACAAGUCUGUAUCCUUCAGCCAAUGUUCAAGCUUUGGAUUUAUUAGAUAAGAUGCUCACCUUUAACCCACAUAAGAGAGUUACAGUUGAAGAUGCUCUGAGUCAUCCGUAUUUUACUGAAUAUUAUGACCCUGAAGAUGAGCCUGUAGCUGAAGAACCAUUUAGGUUUGAAAUGGAAUUGGAUGAUCUUCCUAAGGAGCGCUUGAAAGAACUUGUAUUUGAAGAGACUGUUGCUUUCCAAAGAAGAAUGCAAAUGGAACAGUAAAUAUAACAUUUUACUGAAUGUUGGUGCUAGCACUCUGCUUCCGUGCUGAAGUAAGAAUUCCUUUCCUUGGAUUUUCCCCAAGUGUCUUGUGGUAAAAGAUAAACACAUAAUUUUUUUUGGAAGCAGCAUACUUGACUGUUUGUUAACUCAUGUAGGGCCUGGUGCCUGUGUAUGCUCUGCUUAUAUAUAUAUAUAUAUGUGUGUGUGAUGUACAGAUUCUUUAAUUCACUUCUCCUUAACAGCUGUGCUUGAUGGACCACUGAACUGUGAUUAGAUUUCUUCACAUUGCUUUUCAUGUUGUUAAAUUUGCUUAUUGCAAAGGACCAUGCACGAUCUAACAGGAAAAGUGUUUUUAGUUUUAAAGUUGUUGUUUUUUUUCCCCAAAGAAAUAUUGCAGAAUUUUGAAAGAUCCUGAACAAAAGUUUUAAUUGCCAAAGUCUUCAACAAAAAAAUUUGUUUUGGAGGUUUAAAAUUUUUUUAAAAAUAUUAUUUUUGCGUUGAAAAAAGUCUGAUUUAUUUUGAAUAGGAUGCAUUUCUGUGCAUUUUGAAUGUUUACUGAUUUCUAUAUUCAAAACAAACAGUUUAAUAUUGGAAAAGUUUUUCAGAACAGUUUUUAUCUAUGAAGAGUUUUUCUCUUUUAUGCUCAAUGCUUAAAAAAUGGCUCAUUUCUGGUUGUCAUACAGUCCGUAGUUUAAAAUAUUAUCUUUUAAAUAUGAAAUAAUUUUUAUUGAAAUGCUUAAAUUCACUGUACUAGAACAUGCUAGAAAUUAUCUUAUAUUUUCAUUGUGAAUGUUCAUUUUUAUGCUUAUUAUUUUAUUUCUUUUUAAAUUAGAUUUAUAAACUUUGCUGGUGUAUUAUCCAUGACACUUAUGUUAAUUUAAUCCAAGAAAAAUUUCAUGUUGCAAAAAACUGUUUUUUUUUUCUUUAAAUUUUAAAUGGUUUAAUAACUUACAAACUGUCAAUUUUAAAGUUGGUACUCAGCAUAAACUUUUGUUUAAGGAGUUUAUUAAAUGACACUCUUCAUUUAAAAAAGAGAUCAUUUGUUUUUCUUAAAAAAUGUAUAUGUUCCUUUAUGUUGAUUAUUAGCAUUACACAUUUUUAAAAAUCUUCAGUUGGUACAGAUAAUAAAAGCAGAUUAAUACAAGCCUUUCCUUUGCAUUAAAACUACUUCAUUUUUAAGCUUUCUAACCUACGACUUUCAAUGCAUUAAUGUACGUUAAACGUUAUUAUAUUUACCGAAAAAGAAGUUAAGGAAAUUUAUUUGUUUAGAGAAAUGUUUUUUUUUUUAUUACUUCUAAUUAAAAUGUAAUCUGCUGUAAAAAAAAUGCACCCCUUACCCCAGAUUCACAAUCACUAUAUUUCUGUUACCCCACACUUCCUUUUGUAAUGAUUGGUUCAUCUGAAAAAUUUCAAUAAUUUUAGUUAAUGAAUAUGCAAAAUUAAGGCCAUUUUUGCUUCAAGUAGCAAAAAACAAACUUGGUGGUGUUGUGAACAUAGCUCUGCAUUUCUGUAGGGUAUUAUGUCCUCAAGUUUCGAAUUUAUAUAGAAAGUUUAUUGAAAUCUAUGGGGAGAAGAAAGGAGUGACUUUUUACUUAAUUGUAAGUUUAUUCAUCUAAUACUAAUGUUUACUUCUACAAACAGCUAAAAUGUAUGUAAUUAAGAUAAGUUUGUUUUAAAUUGUAUAUUUUUGAUGGCUUUUGAGGAAAAAACAGAUUAAUAUAAUUUUGAAUACUGCAAAAGUUAGUAAUUUUUUGACCCCUUAUUUUUCGGAAUAAUUUUUUUUUAAUUUAUGAAUUUCUUAAUGAAUUAUUUAUUGAACCACUUAUUUUGAAAGAAAUUUUUUUUUUAUGUCUUUGUCAAUUUGAAGACUAACUCUUUCUUAUGUACUGAUAAUCUUGUUUAUUUCAUUAAAUGUAAGGCAAUUUUUCAAAUACUUUAAUGAACUCUUGGCUGCCCUCCACAAAAUUAAACAAAUUGAGUAAUACUUUAGUGUUUGAAAAGGUAACAUAGAAGGGGAAUAUCAAAUGUUUUAUUUUCCAUUAUUAAAAAUACUAAAUAUGUGUUACUGCAAAAAUAUAGGUUCGCAAUUCUUAGAGCAAAGCAUCACUAUAAAUUACAUCUAUGCGAAUUCAUUUUUAUCUUAUUUUAUUUGAUAUUAUUUCUCAGGAAACAUCUUUUAAUAAUCAUCUUUUUUUAUGACUAUUGUUGAUCAUAAAAGUUAUAAAUUAAAUCUUGAGAUUUUUUCAGCCUUAGAAAACGUCUGCACUAUAUCCUCAACGACGUUUUUUUUUUUAAAUAUUUGUAAGGGUAACUUGUUUAUACUUAAAAAAAUUAUACAAACGUUAGAAGUUAUUAAAUAUUUCUUUUUGUUUAUUUGAAAACCAAUGAAUCAACAAAAAAAAAAUUACAGUAAAAAAUAAAUCUAAUUUAUUUUCUUGGUAAUGUUACUCUUGUAAAUUAUCUCAGUUUUAUUCAAAACCUUAAUUUCAUUUAUGUUAAUUUAGAUCAUUUUUAAAUUCAGUUUUGGUAAGAAAUUUCAUUUGCAUCUUAUUAUAAUCUUUGUUGCUCUUAUUUUUCAUUCUAUAACUUGAAUAGGAAACUAGGCUUUAAAAAAUUAAUUUGAAAGGUAUAGUUUUAAAUUGUUACGAAGGAAGAUGUAAUAUAUAGUUUAUAUAAAUGGUAUUAUAAUUGGAAGGUAAUGUAAGAAAAGUGCUUAAAAUAAACUGAGUUUCUUUUAAGCACUCAUAAUAAGUAGGCAAUGAGAGGAAAUAAACAAAGUUUCUUAUUAAGAAAAAUCUAUUUCAAGUCUAUAUCUGAUUUUGAUAUUAUUUUACUUAUUUCAUUAUAAAUAGUGAUUCCUUUUUACUCACCAUGCUCAUUUUUUAAAUAUAAUUGAAUUGUGCAUUUAACUAUUGUGUGUAUCAUUUUGCACUGUUGUAAUAUUAAAUUUUAUUUUCAAUUAAUAUUUUAUGUUUCUUGCCAAUAAUUUUUUUUUUCGCUUUAAGAAAGAUUAAUGGAAAUGUCACUGAAAUUAGUCAAUUUUUUUUCCUUCAAAAAAAAAAUAAAAUUUAAAUUAUGUUUUUGUAAACCAAAAUUGUCAUAACUACUAGGUUUUCACAAUAUUUUUUUCAUUGUUUGCUACAUCAACCUAUCCUAUUUAGUUUCAGUUGUUUAAUACUAAUAAACUGUCACACAGAGAAAGUUAUUUUUAUGUUUAUCUGGUGUUAUAAUUUGACAAUUAUUGUAAUGGAAAAGAAACGUUUCUGUACUUCGAUUAAUGUGUCGGUUAUGUGAGUCAUCUUAAUAGCUCCUGAAACUGUUUCCUCCUGUGUCUCAAAAUUUUUAAGAUGGCCAAUAAAAUAUACGAGAAUUCAAUUUUUUUAAAGGUCAUUUUUAUAUUUUAAUUAAGUUUUGCAUGCAACAAAAUAAUCAGUUUUAAAAUGAACAGUAACAAAAACUAGCCUGUGAUAAUAAGUUCAAAUGGAAUGAAUAUAACUUAUUUUUCAAUUUUUUAUUGUAGAAAUUUCAUUGCAACAUUUAAAAAAUUUUCUAGAUUUAUCCGAAUCAGAAUUAUCUAUAAUUGCAGCAUAAUGUAAAACAUCUGGAAACUGAGUUUAAAAGUUAUUACUUCUUUGUUCGAAAAGAGCACAUAAAUGUCAAAAUAAUAUACUGAAAAUAUCCAAAUCCCUGUUGAAAUCUCUAACAACAACUUCCCUAAAAUGAUCAAAAAGCAGAGUGGAUUUAUAUUGAAAUCAAGCAUGUCUGGGAAAUAAAUAAAUUGCUUAAAUUGAAAUUUAUGUGUUGUAAUAAUACUGCACAUAAACAACAAGGCCUUAGCGAUAGCUGCCAAAAAAUCAUAUAAAAAAGAUUGUGUGAAUUUACAACGGAAUGAGCUCUUAAAAAGUUAUUUUCCCAUUUGCUAGGGUGUUAUAAUCAUAUUGAAUUAAAAGUAGUUAAACCAAGUACAUGCUUGUAGAAUAAUUACCAACAAGAAAAAAAAAGCAGUGAAAAAGCCACCACAAUUAAAUCCACAUUGGACUCACAUUCAAUCUACAUAAAUGAAGUCUUUAUUUUCCCUUUGACAUCUCUAUUGUUUUAAUAAAGGUAUCUAAAAUAUGAAUGUUUUCAUGAUUCCUUUUAACCCUCCAGUUGUCUGGAUUUUUGAAGUUAUACUGUGUGUGUAUAAUAAACUUUUAUACAGGACUUGUUUCAAAAUAUUUUUCUAUAUAUUACCUUGUUUGUCUUUCAGCAAGGAUAUUCACUAAAACAGUAAAAUAAUGUUUAUUUUUCUUUUUUCAUGCGAAAUAUGAAUUUUAUUUGUGAUUGUUAUAAAUACCUAUCAUAAAAUCCAUAUUUUAAAUCUUCAGCAAAACUCUGUAUCUUACAAAUGAUAAUAUUUGGCAAUUAUUUAGUUAUUAAUUAAUUUUUCAUUAAAUUUUUUAAGAACAUAAAAAAUGCUUCCGAUUGAAAAUUGCUGCGUAAAUAUGAUUUGCAAUAUUGUGGAAAUUCUGGGAAUUUUAUGAAUGAAAUAAAUUUUUUUGUUGCUAGUUUUAGCACAUAAUGCCUAAACUAAAUAUCUACCGGUUGUGUUGGUAGCACAUGUUUCAACAACAUGAAGUUUUUGUGGCUUUAAAUUAAAGUUGGAAAUAUUUUCUCAUUUCUUUUUUAUCCUAGUUUUUCAGCAAUUUUGAAGUAUUUCUCUGUAAUGGGUAAAUCAGUUUUACAUGCUGCAGCUUUCUUGGAAAGAAUUGGAGAUAUAUUAUUCAUGGAUAGCAAAAAUCUAAGCCCAGAAAAGAAUGUAAUUGUUUUCUGAGAAAUAUAUAGAAUGAAGCUACCUAAUUUAUUUCAUGACUGAAGUAUAAUUUUGCGAUAUGGACACAAAAACUGUGAUUAGAUAUUUUCAUUGGAGAAAAAAAAUGAGUAAAAUUUUAUUUCAAAUUUUACAAAAACCUCCAACCAUUACCAGAGUGUAAAUUGUAAUUAAUUAGUCCUAAAUUUACUUUGAAAUCCUGACUGUAAAUCAAAAUAAAAGUUUCAAUCACUGCAUAUAUUUACAGUUCAAUAUUAGCUGUAAUUUACAAUUAUGAUUGUGUUUGCUAUUACUUCUGUUUAAAAUUAAAACCAAUGAUCAUUUGUAAUCAUGCAAUAGAUAGUAACCAAUAAUUACAAUUACUUGUAUUCAUACUUAAAAUUUUAUCCACAAUUUUGAUUGCUUUUAAUCAUGCUUAAAAUUGUAGUUGUUAAUUAUAAUUGUUUGUAAUCAAUUGUAUUUAGUCUGGCUGAGCUGUUAUUUUAUUGAAUAAUAAGAUUGUUAAAAUUCUAAGAAGAUAAGGCAUAUCAGAGUUAAUGUCCCAUUUUACAAAUAUUUUAUUGCGAUUCUUGUGGGAAUUAUUAAGUUCUCCAAAUUUUUAAACUAGGGUUUCCCAACCUUUUUGCUGAGGAAUCUUUUGAAAAAUAUUUUGGUUUUUGGGAGUCACAACAACUUAAUUUCUUACAUAAACUAUAAAUAUUCUUUUUGUAAUUACACCACCGACAAAGAUAAAAAAUCGAAAAGACAAAAAUGUAUGCAUAGUAAUACUUUUGAAUUAAAAAACAUUUUAAGUUUCCUAAAUAAAUUUAAAUUAUCGCAAGCCACAAUAGAAAACUCAGUUUUAUUUAUUGUUAUUUACUAUUUUAUUGCCUAUAAAUUUUUAAAUAAAUCUUUGAAUGAUAUUUGUUUUAAACAUGUUUUGAUUGUUGAAUAUUUCCUUUUAAAAACUGGUGUGUGUUAAAGGUUCAAUUUUUUUACAUUAAAUAAGAACCUCUACAUUUUGGAAUUUUAAUGUUUUAAAAAUGUAUUGAUAUUAAGCUAUUUAUAAUCUGUCUUGUGUUAGUAACUCUUUUUGACUUGAAGUUAAGGCUCCCAGGACCCGUACUACGAUCUUCCUGGAAUGAAUUCCCUCUGAGAAGUGACGUAUGGAAUGUCUUAUUCCAGACAAUGUUUAAAACCUUACCAUGAGCGUGAAUCGGUUAGAACAACUUUCUGGACAUGAUGUUAACAAUUAGCCUAUUUAAAACGUACUUUAAUUUUCAAUGCUGUAAAAGCUUUCUUAAGGACUUUAAUUUUCUUAACUUCCUAAAUUAGUAAAGAAAAUUAACAAUUGUAAAACAUUAACAAAAUUUGAAGUAAACUGUUCCUAUAAUAUUUGCUUAGUAUAGCAUUUUUCUAAUCUUAAUUUUUCAAUUUAGUCCAUUUGAAUAUUAAUUAAAAUCAUGUUGAAUAUUAGUUAAAAUCAUUCAGACAAAAAUUAAUCAAAACUAAAAUAUCUGGAUUUGGUGAGGCUAAAUAAUGCCACAAAAAUUACAAUUAGUGUUGAUUAGAAAACAGCAUUUCCAAUGGAAUAACCAUUAACGGGUGAUUGAAAGUUUGUCACCUACGCCAUGUCGGAAGUUAGUAAAUAAAUAUCGACGAUUCCGUGUGGAAAGAGGGGAGGAGGCAGCUGGAAUGAAACCAUCCAGAAUCCUGUUGGAAUUGUAAUCUGAUAGUAAGAGUCCAGGCUUUUUAAAUUGUAGGAGUCAAAAUCGUUAAGAUGCAGGCAGGCUUUAUGAUGAAAGUAAUAAAUAACAUAUUAUCAUAGAUUCUGAUAUGCAUUUUCUUCUGCUGUUUUGAUAACGGUUAUUGAAAUAUAGUGUUAAGAUAUCCCUCUAAUGAACUUUAAUCCUAAUAGUUUUAUACCUGUUGAUGAUGUCUAUUUUAAAAAUUAUAUAAACUAAUCAUGAAUUAAAAUAUAUAACAUUUUAUAAAAUGAAUUAGUUUAGGCGUUAUGUGUGCAUGGAUAUUUAUUUUCUUUGUAUUCUGCAAAGCUCUUUAAAAAAAUGUAUCAUUCCUAGUUCUUAUGACUAAAAGAAUGAUGAAGUUUCAUUGUACACAGAAUGAUGUCUUUUUUUGUGUGUACAUAAGUGUAAAUAAUUUUAUGUAAAUAUAUUUAUAUUCAUGAGAUGUUUCUUUAUAUUUCAAUGAUUAGUACAUUGUUCUCUUCAUAUCUCGUAUAGAUGUUGACUGUAUCUUCACUUUCUUUUUUUUCUAAUGUCUAUCUUAAGUAAAAUAAAAUACAUUAUUUCCAAA